CGGUGCUCGCUGCCCCCACGCCGCUCCCUCCGCUCGGAUCGCGGCGCCUCCUGCUCCCCGCAUCGCUCCACGCCGGACCCGCGGACCCGGAGGCAGCGGCCGAGGUCGGUGGGCUCCGGCGGGCGCAGCGGUCGAGGCGGCAGCGCGGGGAAGGCGAGCGGAGCCCGGCAAGUCCCCAGGAGGCGAUGUCGCCGAGCGCGGGCCCCUGCGUAAGGCGGGCGCCGCGACAGGCCGGCCAGUGAGGCGCCGCCGGGGAGGCCGCGACGGAGCUCCCGGACCCGCCAUGGGCUGAGACACGUCCUCGCCAAGCAGAACAUGCCUGGGUGACUCCCUCCCAGAUCUUCCUUGUGGCCUUCCUCGCUCUCCCCAGUGACACUAUGCAACCCCCCGGUGACCUGCGAGGCCUCUGGCUCCUGCUGCUGUCCUUUUUCCUGCUCCUCUUUGAGGUGGCCAGAGCUGGCCGUCCCUUGGUUAGCUGUCCUGCCGCCUGCCUGUGCGCCAGCAACAUCCUCAGCUGCUCCAAGCAGCAGCUGCCCAACGUGCCCCACUCCUUGCCCAGCUAUACCGCACUACUGGACCUCAGCCACAACAACCUGAGCCGCCUGCGGGCCGAGUGGACCCCCACGCGCCUGACCCACCUGCACUCCCUGCUGCUGAGCCACAACCACCUGAACUUCAUCUCCUCUGAGGCCUUUUCCCCGGUACCCAACCUGCGCUACCUGGACCUCUCCUCCAACCAGCUGCGGACACUGGACGAGUUCCUGUUCAGUGAACUGCAAGCACUGGAGGUGCUGCUGCUCUACAAUAACCACAUUAUGGCAGUGGACCGCUCCGCCUUCGAUGACAUGGCCCAGCUGCAGAAACUCUACUUGAGCCAGAACCAGAUCUCCCGCUUCCCUCUGGAACUGGUCAAGGAAGGAGCCAAGCUACCCAAACUCACGCUCCUGGACCUCUCCUCCAACAAGCUAAAGAACUUACCACUGCCCGACCUGCAGAAGCUGCCCGCGUGGAUCAAGAAUGGGCUGUACCUACAUAACAACCCCCUGCACUGCGACUGUGAGCUUUACCAGCUCUUUUCACACUGGCAGUACCGGCAGCUGAGCUCUGUGAUGGACUUUCAGGAGGAUCUGUACUGCAUGAGCUCCAAGAAACUGCACAAUGUCUUCAACCUGAGUUUCCUCAACUGCAGUGAGUACAAGGAACGUGCCUGGGAGGCCCACCUGGGUGACCCCUUGACCAUCAAGUGUGACACCAAGCAGCAGGGGAUGACCAAGGUAUGGGUGACACCGAACAAUGAACGGGUGCUAGGUGAGGUGGCCAACAGCACAGUGACAGUGUCCAAGGAUGGCAGUCUUCAUUUCGAGCAUGUGCAGGUUGAGGACGGGGGGGUGUAUACCUGCUACGCUAUGGGGGAGGCUUUCAACGAGACACUGUCUGUGGAGUUGAAAGUGUACAAUUUCACCUCGCAUGGACACCACGACACCCUCAACACAGCCUAUACCACCCUAGUGGGCUGUAUCCUCAGUGUGGUCCUGGUCCUCAUAUACCUGUACCUCACUCCUUGCCGCUGCUGGUGUCGGGGUGUUGAGAAGCCUUCUAGCCAUCAAGGAGACAGCCUGAGCUCUUCCAUGCUUAGUACCACACCCAACCACGAUCCUAUGGCUGGAGGGGACAAGGAUGAUGGUUUUGAUCGGCGGGUAGCCUUCCUGGAACCUGCUGGACCCGGGCAGGGUCAAAACGGCAAGCUCAAGCCAGGCAACACCCUGCCGGUGCCUGAGGCAACAGGCAAGGGCCAGCGGAGGAUGUCAGAUCCGGAAUCGGUCAGCUCGGUCUUCUCUGAUACGCCCAUUGUGGUGUGAGCAGGAUGGGUUGGUGGGGAGAUUCUGCCCCAGGAGAGGUAAUGCACCCCUGAAGGAUAUGAGGGGAUGGAAGAGAGGGCUGGCUGCCCAAGGGAGUAGGUUCCCCCUGACCUCAAAGGGAAUUGGUCAUGGGUACAAUAGCAGGCAAGAUCCCAACCAGGGUGUGGCUGCCACGAUUUUCAAAUAUGGAUGUAUUAAUCCUCAGGCAAAUGCUACACCCCUACCCAAAGCCCUGGCAGUUCUCAAUGUGGUGGAGGAAGAGGAGUGUGUCAGCUGGUUGGGAAUGAGGAAGGGGCGGUGAAAGAGCAGAUUCCCUAAACUUUUUCAAGGUCAUCCCUAGCUCCUUAAGAGAAAAUCAUCUGGGAAAAAAAAAUCAUUUUUUUCUCUCUCUGCUCACCCACACCUGGGGUGUUGUGUGUGUUGGGGGGGAGCUUCCACGGGAGCCACAUUGGGGAAAAGCUGUAGUAACUUCUUUGGCCAGGAAAUCACACUUCACAGCUGGGAAAAUUGGAAAUCUUUGGAAAAAGGAGUCAGGAAAAGGCUGAGAUCUCAAUCAGUAAAACUGCCCAAAGCUGUUGUGAGACUUCCCACGAAUGCCUUCCUCCUUCCCAAUGAGCCCUGGGUGGAUGGAUCUUCGCAGGAGCCUGGCCUGUUGCCUGUCACAUAGGCAACAACAUGAGAUAUGGUAUCUGGGCCUUGUCCUGGGACCAGUGGCACAGAGGGGUGCAGCAUGAACUGAGGGGUCCGUGUCACAGCAUAGGUGCCAGCACAAAACUUGUGGAUGGGGGAUAAAGUCCAGAUUGGCUAAUUCCCUGGUUGGUGAAACCCUUGGUCAGCAUUUGAUUCCCAGCACCUGUGUGUCAGACCAGGGUGGUGGCUGCUGAAGCAGAGUUUUUAUGGAUGCCUGCCACAGAUAUGGGGUGUGGGGCCACUUCAGACUAUAGGAGGAGGAGGAUGAAUCAGCCUCUAUUAUGUAGCGUCCAGCUGGACCUACCUGAUCCUCCGUGUAUUCCAUCUCUUUAUUCAGACUCCUUAUCAAGCUCAGGUGGGAUUCUGAGUUUUCCCUAAUAGGCUGCUCUGCAAAGGGAGGAGUCCUGGAAAGUCUGGCCCCAGCGGGGUUAGACUGGGGUUGGGGAUGGAGGAGACCGGGUGUGUAUCCCCUCUAUGUCGACAAAGCUGCCUUGCUCCUCUCUUAGAGAUCUCACCCCUGCUGCAAAGCCAAGGCAUGAGAUUUCAUCAUCUGCAGGGUGGAAUUGGGUGGUCUUUGCCCCAGAAUCGCAGUUUGGAGUGCGGCUUAGAGUUCUGCCCUCUCCACAGGGUUCCAGGCAGUCUUGUAACAGAGACAAUCAGUGGCACUAAACUUUCAGAAGGAAAGUUCUGCCACCCUUAGCCCCCUCAGCCAGAGACCUGUGCAGUCGUGGUUGUCAGGCCAGAGGAACUUAAGAAGAAUGGCCCAACAUUCCAGUCCAUCCAAGGUUGCAGAAUACUUUGGGUAUGGAGAUGACUGCUCCCUUUAACUUCUCCCUUUGACUCUGCUGCAGGCUCUGGGAGGUGGUUGCUCUGAGCUUUGGCAAGGGGACGAGUAUGGCAAAAUGUUCUCUGAUGUUGGUCUUUUUCAGUCUCCCCCCUCUCUCCCACCAAGUUCCUGUCCGUUGGAAGUUCUCCAGAUCUUCUAGUUUUCUGACCUGCUCUCUAGGUUCCAAGAGGUGUUAUUUACCUGUGGAUAAGGGCUGCUUGCUAGGAUGGCCUGAUUCCCACUGCCUAUUAAGAUUGGGGAAGGGAACUGGAACUCAACAUCUUCCCCUUGUCUGUUCCUGGGAUCUCAAGACUGCUGUCCAUCCUUUAUUAGUAUCCUUGUUGUGUCAAGAGAGGUGCAGCAUUUCCCUUAAGUACUUGCAUGCUCAUAGGUAUGCAUGCUCAUAGGUAUGCAUGCUUAUAGGUAUGCAUGCACACCAGCACCUUGACUUCCAUCAGGACAGUGAUUCUUAAGUCCCCACUAAUGUCCACUUUCAGAAUGGUCACCACCUAUGUGCACAACUUCAUGCGCACAAUUUUCUUGCCCUGUAGGAGAGACUGUGACCAUGCCAGGCUCCCCAGAUACAAACUCUUGUUAAUUUCUGAACUUCCUUGAAGCUUCACCCACAUCUCCAUGGCACUGAAGAACUCCUCUGCAAAGGCUGGAGUUAGGAGAACCACAGGUUGAGGACAUUUGGAGGGGUGAUGAGGAGCUAGCUGGUCCUUCAGACUCCUCAGAAACCUUCCCUGGAUUAAAGACAAUAUAUAUGAGAAAUGAAUGUAGAACUAGGGCCAGUGAUGGACCCGGAAGGAAACUGACAAAGGACCAAGCAGCUGUUAGUUGCUCUUCCUAUGUUAACUGCCCUGCUAAGACGGGUAGGAUGGAAAAGUUGUCUGUUAAAUUCCAGAGACUUGUGACAGUUUUGUUACUGGGGCUAUAGGAACCAGGACUCCCUCCUCAGACUUAUCAGGGAACCUGGGAAAAAUCUCAUCUCCAUGCUGCAGUUUCUCCUCUAGGCACCUUUAGGGCUCUGAAAAUCUUUAAAGUGAAUGGCAAAUGCCCCAGCAGGCCUUCUGGGGCAUUCUAGCUGAGUUCCUGAGGACUAGAAGGGCCGAUUUCUUCAUAAGUCCUACCCAAUUUAGGGAAUAAGAAAAGGCCCUGAGGCUCUAAGUCUCCUUCUUAUAUCCACUAAUUUGCCCCUAGUUUGAGAGACUGGUGGAUGUGCCUGGCUGCCCCACCAAGAGAUUGAACUGAUUAGCCUCUUCCAGUGGUUUCAGUCGGUGGUACCCAAAGGCAGCUUCUACUUGAGGGAUUAAGUACUAGCAUAUGUAAGCUCACCAGAAGCCUCUGUAGGAAACUGCCAGGUCUGGUUAUAAGAAAAGGCUGAGCAAUCACCCCUUCCCUUCCCAUACCCAUAAACCAGACAUGUCUCCCAGGAAGCAGGUGUCCCUGGAGACAGAGUAUGAUAGGGCUCUGCAAUCUGUGUGAUUAUUUGUGACCUUUUCUCUUUGCCUGUAUUUAUGGGGCUCCUAGGAAGGGGCCAGGAGAGGGUACACCCAGGUGGGGAGAGCAAAGCCAAUCCAUGCCAGUUUUCUGUGUGUUCUCACCCCUGUCCUUCCCUGUAGCCCUGCUGGCGAAGCAAGCAGGCUUCCCGCGUCCAGGACCCUAUUCCUCCCACGUUGUAUACCCAGGCUGGCAAACCUUGGAGCCCCCGGGCUCUGAAAACUAGACAAUGAUCAUUAAACCUGGCUUGAGUCUCUGUUCCA